AGAUUUCAACUAUUCGAAGAUGGCUCUCAUAUCCAUCGCCUAAAAAAUACAAAAGGUCAAGAAAAAGUUGGUAGUCUUAUCAAAGACUUGCUCGGCGCUAAAAAACUCAGAGACGAAGCUGUUAGCGCCAUCUUUGCCGAUGAAAACGACACUGAAAUCAAAAACGAAAUCAAAAACGAAUCAAAAAACAAAAAAAAACAUAAUCCUCCUCUGCUAAUAACUGGCCUAUUAAAUGAAGUAAGAAAAAGUGGUGCCGGCGUUAACAACAUCAACAUCGACAACCUCGAUAACUUGGUCACCAAUAAAAUCGAUUCAAGAUCCUUUGUCGAAAAAUAUGGCAAAUGCCAACAAGUCAUCGGUAAAGGUGCUUUUGGUACUGUUAGAAUCUCUCAUAAAGAAAUCAAAAUCGGCAACUUCAAACAUAAAAACAUGUAUGCAGUUAAAGAAUUCAAAAGAAAAGAAAACGAACUAUCCUCAUCCUAUAAACAAAAAAUCGCUUGCGAAUUUAGUAUAUCCUCUCUAUUACAACAUAUUAACAUCAUUCAUACUCUAGAUUUGCUACAAAAUGCAAAAGGCGAUUAUUUUGAAGUCAUGGAAUUUUGUAAUGGCGGUGAUUUGUUUUCUUUAAUCAUCACUGCAGGAAAAUUAGAGUACAUCGAAGCUGACUGCUUUUUUAAACAACUAAUGAGAGGUGUUUCCUAUAUGCAUGAUAUGGGUGUUACUCAUAGAGACUUAAAACCAGAAAACUUGCUACUAACAUCAAAUGGCUGUUUAAAGAUAUCCGAUUUUGGUAAUGGUGAAUGCUUUAGAUUAGCAUGGGAAAAGGAAAUCCAUUUAAGUACCGGAAUCUCAGGAUCAAGUCCAUAUAUUGCCCCAGAAGAAUUUAUUUACGAAGAAUAUGACCCAAGACCUGUCGAUAUUUGGUCUUGUGGUGUCAUUUAUAUGGCAAUGAGAACUGGUAGACAGCUAUGGAAAAUCGCCAAAAAUGACGAUGAAUUUUAUCAAAAAUACCUAAAAGGUAGAAAGGAUGAAGCAGGUUACGAACCAAUUGAAAAUAUUAAAAGAGCCAGAUGCAGAAAUGUCAUUUAUUCUAUAUUAGAUCCUGUUCCAUCCAGAAGAAUCACAGCUAAAAAGGCACUAAACUCUGAAUGGGGCAGAGAAAUCAAAUGCUGUCGUGCAGCAGAGGUGCCAUCUUAA